GGUUUCUGCACGUUUCUGCCUUUUUGGGCCUCCUGGCGGUCCCUCGUCGCUACGGCUGGAUCCGCCUCGAAAUCGUUGUCGGGGCGCACCCCGGGAGAUGUUUGGGGAGCAGCAGCACCAGUAUCCUUUCUCCCCCCAGAGCGAGCAGCGAUGUCGGUGCAGUUUCAGUCUCAGAACUUCCAGCACAUCCCAGGGGUCGACAGAAGCGUUGUGUUGGUAUUGCUCGUCGGCAGUUUACGUUCUCGUUCCGUUUUCGUCCAGGGGCGAUCGCAAUUCCGGAGUCACACCAAGACAGCACCCUGGAGGAAGUUGUUAACGUCUUGACCAGAUAAAAUGCAUAUCCUAAGUUUUCACGUCUUGAAAAGAACACGGCCCGAGGCCUCCAAAGCGUUGUUUCGGUCGAACCCUGGCACAUCCUGCGUAUGUGCAACACCAACGUGGACGGGAGGCAGAAGGUGAUGUACGCGCUCACGGCAAUCCGCGGCCUUGGCCGGCGGUUUUCGAACAUCAUCUGCAAGAAGUGCGACAUCGACCUCAACAAGCGCGCCGGCGAGCUCACGACCGACGAGGUGAACAAGAUCGUGGCGGUCGCCAGCAGCCCGCUGCAGUUCAAGAUCCCGGCGUGGAUGCUCAAUCGUCAGAAGGACGUCAAGGACGGCAAGACCUCGCAGAAGUACGCGAAUUUCCUCGACCAGGCUCUCCGAGAGGAUUUGGAGAGGAUGAAGCGCGUGCGCCUCCACAGGGGCAUCCGCCACUACUGGGGCAUCCGCGUGCGCGGUCAGCACACGAAGACCACGGGCCGCCACAGGGCCAUGGGCGACGGCGGCAAGAAGUGAGAUGGCAGAGCAUGGCUGCGCUGACCAGAGCUCGUCCUAAUCAUCAUCUUUCGGAGGGCGCGUAAUGGAUGGGCGAUUCAUCAGGGGGCAGCGAGGGCUGCCGAAAAGGGACCAUGUAGUGUCCCUAAAGGGGCCCUUUGGGGCCCACGAGGAGGCCUUCAAGGCCCGAGAAGGGCAUAUUUUUUCUCUCCCAUUUAUCGCCCCUCAUUAAUUCGCGCCCAUCAUCCUGAUGCUCAUGGUGCUCAGCAUCGUCCUCCUGCCAUUGCGGCGCCCGCUCCUCAUCAGCAAAUUCGUGAGCUCACUGUCAUCA